UGCCGAGAGGAGGGGAACGCAGAGGAACGCAGAGGAACGCAGAGGAGCGGAGCGGAGCGGAGCGCGCACCCGACGCCAGUCCCCGAGCUGACCCUAAAGCAGCUGGAGCCCAGCGAGGAGACGCAGCAGCAGCAGCAGCAGCAGCAGCAGGAGCAGCAGCUGCUCUUCCUCUUCUCUUGCUUUGGUCGCCUCACCAUCAUCCGGACUACACCCACCCAGUGCUGGAGCAGAGUGCGUGGCGCGCCCGGUGGAAAGUAACUCAUGCCAUUUCUCUCCGCCCCACUGCCCUAUAGCGCUCGCUCCGCCCGGCGGCACAUGCACGGAGGCCCCGCGUCUGCAUCUGCGUGGAUCCCCCGCUCCUGCCGCCCUGCUCGGAUGAUCUAAGGACUGCGGGCUGCCGGUUGCCGUGCUGCACGAGGCUGGAGGGCGGGACGGGGGGGGCUCUGCAUGUGUAUAUGGAAGUUGUGGGUCGCGCGGCGGAGGGGAGCAGUUGCACGUUGCGUCCUGCGGCCACCAUGCUUUUCCACGGCAUCUCCGGCGAUCACAUCCAAGGGAUCAUGGAGGAGAUGGAGAGGAGGUCCAAGACGGAGGCGCGCCUGGGGAAGGGCGUGCACGUGAACGGACGGGACACGGGUAUGGCCUCGAUGAGCCAGGAGAAGCCCGCCCUGUGCGCUGGAUGCGGGGGUAAAAUUUCCGACAGGUACUAUUUACUGGCCGUGGACAAGCAGUGGCACCUCAGGUGCCUCAAGUGCUGCGAAUGUAAACUGGCCCUGGAGUCGGAGCUCACUUGUUUCGCGAAGGAUGGCAGCAUUUACUGCAAAGAGGACUAUUACAGAAGGUUCUCCGUGCAGAGGUGCGCGCGCUGCCACCUGGGCAUCUCGGCCUCGGAGAUGGUGAUGCGCGCGCGCGACUCCGUCUACCACCUGGGCUGCUUCACGUGCAGCACGUGCGGCCGGACGCUCACCACGGGCGACCACUUCGGCAUGAAGGACAGCGCGGUGUACUGCAGGGCGCACUUCGAGGCCCUGCUCCAGGGGGACUUCCGGCCGCAGCUCGGCUACCCCGAGCUGGGCGCUAAGGGCGGCGCGGGCGCCGUGGGGCUUCCCUACUUCAACGGCACGGGCACGGUGCAGAAAGGACGGCCGCGGAAGAGGAAGAGCCCCGCCAUGGGGGUGGACAUGGGCUCUUACAGCUCCGGCUGUAACGAAAACGAAGCCGAUCACCUGGACCGGGACCAGCAGCCUUACCCCCCGUCUCAGAAGACGAAACGUAUGCGCACGUCCUUCAAACAUCAUCAGCUUCGCACCAUGAAGUCCUACUUUGCCAUCAACCAUAAUCCUGACGCAAAGGACUUAAAGCAGCUCGCGCAGAAAACUGGCCUCACCAAAAGAGUUCUUCAGGUUUGGUUCCAAAACGCAAGAGCCAAAUUCAGAAGGAACGUUUUGCGACAGGAGAAUGGGGGUGUUGAUAAGGCAGAUGGCACCUCGCUUCCUCCGCCCUCGUCCGACAGCGGCGCUCGCACCCCGCCCAGCACCGCGACCACACUAACAGACCUGACCAAUCCCUCUAUCACUGUAGUGACGUCAGUGAGCUCUAGCCUGGACAGCCACGAAUCCGGGAGUCCCUCGCAAACCACCCUGACGAACCUUUUCUAACGCUUCCUUUCUCUUUGCUUUUUUUUUUUUUUUCUUUUUUUCGUUUUCUUUUUUUCUUUUCUACAGUCAUGGACAGAUCUUGUGAGAGCAAAUAAACAGACAUUACAAACACAAAUAUUGGUGUGUAGCAUUUCCAACCGCUUGGCAGCUGAGUUCACAGUCAACAUAUUCAGUGGUUUGUUUUGUGUCCAUAAAUCUGGAAGUUUGACAUUACUGGUACUUAUUUUUAGGAAGGGUAACUUCACCCCUGCUCUACCCCGAAAUGACACACUUUGUCGCUGGAUUUGCAUUAAAUAUGGAUGAAAAUAGAAUGCAGAGAGCACAAAGUUUUGGAUUACUUCCUUCGCUCCUGAUGGAAUCGUGUAGUCCACUGUUUAUCUUAAAGGCCCGAAAUUAUUACGCGCUAUAUCACUGUCGUAAAAAUACGGUAAUACGGUAAUGUAAAUUGCAAAUACGUUGUAACUUAGAGAAAGAGACUUCCGUGUUAUUUUCGGUCUCGGUUAAGGAUUGGGCUUUCAGAGAUUAUUGAGAGCUAUGAAUAUUACACAUCCCUUAUUUAUAGCUCUCUUCUGCAUAUACGCACAUUCAUAUAUCUAUUUCAGCGGUUUUAAAUUGUAUAAGGUAACAGUAGGUAAGUGCAGAGUGCAAGGCAAACUCUCUCGGUGACCUCAGUUUGCAAUGAAAAUCUUUAGGCUCCUUUAUUCUCUGUACCCGUUCUUAAUUUUAAGCUCAAAUGCCAGGUGGGUUGCAAACCUCACGUAACAAUUUUUUUUUUUUUUUCCUUCAGUAGAAAGAGAUUCAGAUUCAUCUGUACAGUGGUAAUUGUUCAGCAGUCACAUCGAUACACGAUGCAGUUGAGCUGCGACCAAAAUCAUUUUGCAUAAUUACGACCGAACGCGUUAGCUUCCAGAAGAGAAAAACGAGAGAAAAGGCGGGCGUUGUUUCGAUUGUUUCCACAGUUGUGCACUUUUCUUCGUUUGUAGGCCUCGUUACGUGGGGGGAAAAAAAAAA